AUGUUGGCCUUGUCACUGCACCUGUCUCUGCUUGCACCUGCAACUGCUGUUGACCUUGCAACUGCCCCUGCUGAAGACUUUGCACCUACACCAGCUGUUGACCUUGCAACUGCCCCUGCUGAAGACUUUGCACCUGCUGUUGACCUUGCAACUGCUCCUGCUAUUGACCUUGCAACUGCUCCUGCUAUUGACCUUGCAACUGCUCCUGCUAUUGACCUUGCAACUGCACCUGCUGUUGACCUUGCACCUGCACCUGCUAUUGACCUUGCAACUGCACCUGCUGUUGACCUUGCACCAGCACUUGCUGUUCACCUUGCAACUGCAUCUGCCCCUCAUUUGCAGGUGUCGACCUCAACACCUGUAAUUUAA